UCAGAACUUCUUAACCAUCAUGAACCUAAAAGAAGAAUACGAGAACUUCUAAUGACGAGUAAAGAAUAUCAUAUUGCUAUUGGGGAUGUUGAGUUUGGUUCAGAAGAACAAGAAGAUGUAUCAAUUAAAGAUCAAAGUAGUAUCCUAGAGGUUCCGCGAUGGUGUGGCCAAACAUAUACAAGUUCAAAUUCUGUUGAAGGGAUUGAAAACUUAGAUGACAGUAUUAUUGCUAAAAGACAUAUGAAAUGGGAAAUCGAAGAAAAGAGAAGGAAACGGUGGGAUGUACAAAGGAUACGGGAGCAGCGCACUAUCGAGCGCCUGAAGUCGCGGCAGAGCCGUUCGGGUAACACUCGACUAAGUGUCGGAGGCGCAAUGUCGGGUUCAAGUAGCGGGAUUUUUGGUUCGGCGGGGGGUCGACUUUCACCGAAUGGAGAAGAGGACGUUGGGUGCCAAGCGCCGGAAUCACUAUGGCCCGAUCCGCAUGAUGCACGCUUCAUAGUGCUAACUGAACAGUUGCCUGUGUGCGCUCUCGGAGCCAAUUUACCUCUUCUACAACCUAGAGAGUUUUCUCUACCUUGGAGUACUCGAUCUACAGCAAGAUCACCUGGAGGAACAGAAUCGAGAAGGUCAUCACAAACAGCUAAUAGACAUCGACGACAAAGAAGGCAACGCAUCAAAAGUCGCACAAAAUCAUUAGCGUAAUGCGGAUUCUAUAUGAUCUAGUAAAAUGUUUAAAAAACAUUGAGAUUUUGGAAACCCAAUAAUUACAAGUAAUGCAAGGAAUUAUCAGUAAGUAUAAACCUCUAUAUUUUUAUUUUAAG